UCACGGCGUGUGUCCCGUGGACAUGGUGGAUCAUGGAGUAGAAUGUAGAAUCUUCUGACUUCGUCAAUGUCAUCAGCUGUCGAAUUAUUUCGGAGACUCUUGGUAGAUCUUUGUAGAUCACAGAUUUCUAGGCCACCACGUCCAUGGUGCCCGGGCAUCUGCACCCAGUCCAGGCUAUGGUGCGACUCCGGAUUGUCAUUUGCGAUCAUUGUGAAUCCAUCUAUUGCGCACCUGCGGCUAGGACGACUGAACAAGUCGAUGGCGGCUGUCGACAUGAUUGUCUUCUGCCGUUCUGGUCUGCCAGAAUCAUGGCAGUCUUCUGCACGUGAGCGCGUUCACUAGCUGUGCCUUACAGGAAAAAUGGAGUCUCAGUUGAACCGAACUAACUACAAUGUUACUUGAAGGGGCACGUGAGAGAGCUGAUGUUGGUAGGAUUUGUUGCCAAUGUUGGAAACGCUGGCUAGAUCAGAGUAGAGGUUGUAUUGGGGAUCGGGCCAUCCAGACUAGUCUCCUUCUGACUCUUGAUGGAUAAGAGGCGUGUUGGGCCAGCGGUCAUGCAGUCUUUGCCUUUGACCAGGCUUGCCCGAUGCUUGUAUUGGACAUGUUGGACGUCUUGCACAAGGCCUGAGGACUCUGAAGCUGGGUUGAAGUUGUGUGUAGUGGUGUUGGUUGAGCCACUGGCCAGGGAAGGAGCUGGCUGCAGGUAAAGGCUCCCAUUGCAGCUAUGGAAGAUGAACCGGACGAUGUAUCGAGAGAACAGUUGCUAGCCAAAGUAUCGCGUAUUCAGUCACUUUUGACCGACAACGACUGUUUCGCACAGGUAGCACUGAUUGAGGCCUGUGACAACCUGGAGCGUGCAGAGAGCUUGCUGGUGAAAUCCCACAGGAAAGUUCCGAUAACCAGUACAACGAAAAUUCCCGAAACGAACAGCGCACCGGCAAAGGCUGUUGUUGGUCCGACUGGUGGCAAUGUCCAAAAAGAGGCUGAUGUGUCCUUCGACGAACACAGCCUCCUAGGGGAUGUGAGCGCCGAGGACUUAUUUGGCGACUUGGAUGACAAUGACGGCUCUGCAGCAAGCCUUUUGUCCUCGUCCGAUAAAGAUGCUAGCCAGGGGGAAAUACCGACCAUUGAUGAAUCGCAUGAUGACGUACCGCCACCAACAGCUGAGCAUAUCCUCUGCUUGAAGAAGUACUUUGGGCACUCAUCAUUUCGGCCGUUGCAAUGGAAGAUCAUUCGAUCGGUGCUAAUCGACCGUCGUGACAAUCUGGUCAUCAUGGCCACUGGGUAUGGAAAGAGUUUAUGCUAUCAGUUCCCGGCAAUGUAUGACAAGGCACGGGGGAUGACCAUUGUCGUUUCUCCGCUUAUAUCGCUGAUGGAAGAUCAAGUCACAUCGCUGAAGUUAGCUGGCGUUUCUGCCUGCUUUUUAGGCUCAGCACAAACAGACACGUCGUGUCUGAGAGAUGUUGAAGCCGGCAAGUACGUGCUUGUUUACGUGACACCGGAGUACCUUACAGUCGGCUCGUCCUUUCUGAAGAAUAUCCAUCAGAGUGUGGGUAUAAAUCUGGUGGCCAUCGAUGAAGCCCAUUGUGUCUCCCAGUGGGGCCACGACUUCCGCAACUCCUAUCGGCAGCUGGACUGCAUCCGCAAGCAGCUGCCGCAGGUUCCGAUCUUGGCCUUGACCGCCACGGCCACCCCCAGUGUGCGGCGCGAUGUCUCGUUUUCGCUCAAGCUCCAACGGCCCCAGGUGCUCUGCACCAGUUUCGAUCGACCCAACUUAUUCUUUGAAGCGCGGCCUCGGGGUAACAACGUUGCAAAUGACCUGAAGACGUUCAUGACACCUGUCAAGGAGACCGGAUUGAUGACUCACUACCAAUUCCCUGGCUCCACCAUUGUGUACUGUCCGACCAAGAAAAUGACGGAGGAAGUCUGCAGUGUACUGAAUGGGCUUGGCGUCAAGGUGGGAAUGUAUCAUGCUGGCCUGUCAGUCAAACAUCGACGAGACACUCACCAGGGCUUCCUCAUGGACAGGCUUGAUUGUGUCGUAGCGACCGUUGCGUUUGGAAUGGGUAUAGACAAGCCUGAUGUGCGUCUUGUUAUCCAUUAUGGAGUGCCCAAAGAUAUUGAAUCCUACUAUCAGGAGAUGGGCCGAGCAGGCAGAGAUGGAGAUGACAGCAAGUGCUAUGUUCUAUACAGCUACAAAGAUUUUGUCAUGUGGAAAUCAUUACUGGGUGACAUCACUGAUAAGAAGUUCCAGGUGCACAAGAUUGAGAUGAUCAGCAAAUUGGAGAUGUAUGUCUCGACCACGGAAUGUCGUCGACGCACACUUCUGAAUCACUUUGAGGACAUCACACCGUAUGGUACAAAGCCCAAGAAGAACUGCUGUGACAACUGCACGAGAGCAUUGUCACGGCCAGCCAAUGCAGGAAGCGACAAGGAUGCGGUAGACAGCGACGGCAAGCGGGACUAUGCUAAAGAAGCAAAGCAAUUGCUGUCAGCAAUCUCGAUGUGGCAAAGAGGCCUGCAGACGUCGAUAUUAUUUCUCCGUGGAUCAGGGAGCUCUAAGCUACCUGACUGGUGCAGAAAGAAGGAGAACUACGGAGUCGGACAGCACCUGCCGGAAAACUAUUGGAAAGCGCUGGGUCGUAUGCUGAAGAACGAGCGCUUUAUCGUGGACGAGGCGUUCUCGAGCGGCUGGUCUGGUGGGCAAGGUGCCAGCAAGUUUGGCUGCACUGUCAAGCUGAGUGACAAGGGUGGUGCGUAUUUGCGUCAAAGUAAGAGUGGACCACUGCGACUGAGCCCAACACAGGACAUGGUGGAGGUUGAGCAGCAGGCUGAGAGAGCUGCGCAAGUCACAUUCACGGUGCGUAACAAUCCGUCAGUUGCACUCGGAGCUCAAGGCCUACUCCGCGUCACAACUGUAGCACUGGAGCGAGCUUCUUCUGCAAUUGGUGGUAGCGCCGACGUGGACCUACCGCCGUCAGAGGAGCAGCAGCGCGAAGACGGCAUUUCUGCCGCCCUCUUCCAGGAGCUCAUCAUGGUCAGAGCUGGCCUGCUGUCGGCUCUUAGCCGCAGCGGAAUGGUUACCAGCGCCGCAUCUCUCGUUACGAAUAUUGCCUUACAGAAGAUGGCACGCCGGCGGCCUAGCUCAAUCAUGGCUCUGAAAAACAUAGAUAGCUUGUCUGACGAGAAGGCUGAGAAGUAUGGCAAGAACUUCAUUGACAAGAUUGUCUCGUUCUGCCGUGAGCACGGUGCACGGCUAGACUUCGACCCGUCCUCUCUGGUAAAGCGUCAAUCUGUCGAGCAAGUCCUGGUCAAGCCAAGUUGUAUGAAGAAGGACCUCAGCCAGACUGUAGUGGUCUCCUACAACAUGUUCCACGAGGAAAGCCAAACACUGGAACAGAUUGCUACUACUAGAGGCAUCCAGCCGACCACUGUUGGUGGUCAUCUUGUCGAUGCAUUUCAGGCUGGCUAUCCUGUUGAUUACAUUAGAGCUGGAUUUACAACCGACGUUGAAAGUCGAUCAGUUGCCGCUGUGAAAGCUGCUUACGAAUCAACUGGUGGUGAAGGUGUUAUCAGAGCAGCCAAACAGUCCUGUCCAUCGCUGGAAUACUGGCACCUGAAAAUGGCGAUUGCGCUGCUGCAAGAAGCAUCAGAUAACACGGGAAGUGCUGAUCGUACAUCAAGCCCAAAGUCAACUUCAUUGUUGCCAGCUGCCCAGCAACCAUCAGCUCCAUCCCCUGAGCCUGCAUUGGUAUCAUCAUCCUAUUUCCCAGGUACCAGCCCCAGUCAGCUGCCGUGUCAAUCUCGGUCACCGUACGUCCAGGCUAAACCCACCGAGUCAUCAUCCACUGCUCGAUCGGCCUAUGUCCAAGCUAAGGCCACAGGGUCAUCCACUGCGCGCUCGCCUUACGUCCUAGCAAAGUCUAGCGCAGCGGCCACAGGAGCAGGCUCGACAACAUCGCCAUCUGGUCGUGCCAAGCAAUUUGCUCCGGACCCCGUACCACCAAUGAAGCGGCAGAACAGCGACGACGCUUCAAGUCAGCGUUCGUUGCCCACCUGGAUGUCAUCAGCGGGUAGAGGUGGACAGAGACAAGCUGUUGGUGGUGGAACAGGAAUGCCUCCAGGAAAGAAAAAAAACAUACGUUUAUGAGGUGAUUCUGGUAUGGCGCAUGCUUGAUGUGAUGGCGGUAGACACAACUGCGGUUCUGCUGCACUCAAAUACCUGUGGGCUGCGCGUAACGCAGGCAGUUGUAUUUACGAGGAUUGGAUUCCCGACACGAAGCAGUCCGAAUCUCAUCGUCAGUGGUUGACCGAGUCCCAGGCCAUGAUCAGUAAUACAACACUCGUAGGUGUUGUUGCUGCAUUGGCGUCCAUGAAAACGUUCAGAUUCCACAGCCUCUGUGUUGGUGAGCAUGUGUGCAUGAAUACACAUGCCUUGAUGUGACCUUUUCUCUCCAGAGCUAGCUAGUUAGACAGUGAAAAGAAAGACUUUGCUGCAUUUAGUAUAUCUCCAUGAUACCAGCAUAUAUUAUAGGCAAGCUGUUGCUGUCCCUCUCUUUACUCUGAAAUUGAGCAGGCUCUUCACAUGAAAAAACACCCAAGCUAAUAUUCAAAUUUACUCCCAGUUCAUAUCUUUUCUAAAUGAACCAUCAACACACUAAAUGUUCUUCACAUUACAGACACAGCCUUGUGGUAAUAUGUCCAAGGUGUUCUAUCUUAUUCUCACACCAUACUUCAAAACACACCGCAGGAUGGUUGUGUGUUCAUAAAAUUUUCAUCGCAAAAUUUUGAAAAUGUACAAAUUCCUAGUUUUAUGAGUGAAAUAUCUUCAGUUCAUCUCAUGUUUUUUUGCAUCUGAUUUUAUGGUUUUCAUGAUUCCAAUUGUAUGGUUUACGGUGAUCACUAUGACAAAAAUAAUAAUCCAGGAUUGAACAAAUCAAGGCAGAAUAUCA